AUGCUUUCGAUGUUUCUUGGUCUAUCAUACCUUGCAGUUAUUGUCACUCUGUACGGUGGAUGGUGUCGGCCAUUCUCCGACUAUCUAGUCCUUCAGCCACAGAACGAACAGUGCUUGACAUGGCGUGACUACAAUAUACUUCAGCUUUCUAUGAACCUCUCAACAGAUCUAGUCCUGCUACUCAUUCCAGUCACACUCAUCAGCAGGAUGAAUAUGAAGAUUGGAAAAAAAUUGCUACUCAUCGCUUUGUUUAGCAUGGGCAUAUUCGUCAUGCUCUCGGCAAUCCUGCUCAAAGUGGCUGUUUUCUCAAACAUGUUCGACCCCGUGUGGCUCAUCUGGUGCAUCCGCGAGGUUAGCACAGCAAUGCUGGUCGGCAAUCUCGUCUUGUGCAUGCCUAUCUUCAAGAUAUGGUGGAAGUUCUUCUCUAGCCGCAUCGGCAGUUUGAGGAAGGGUUCCACGGAGUCAGGAAACAGCGACAUGAAGGGGGUCACGCAGGAUCCGCAAAGCGCCGGGUUUAAGACAACGACUACGAUGUCCGAAUCCGGGUACUCUAGAUGGAAUUCUAUCGCAGGAUUGCCUCAGAGUCCUACAGAUUAUGGCCCCAUGUUCGGCGCGGACCUUGAAGAUCAUAGUGGUGCCAGAACUACGAACAGAAAGCUAUCGAUAAGCCAAGGUGUAUGA